GGAAAACGUGCUAGAAAACCAGCCCGACCAUAUUUGUUUGUCCCUAAUAACAGUACUGCCAUGGCGGAGUAGAAAUAUAUUAUCCGGCGGCGCAGCUGGUUCUCUUAGCAUUAUUAUAAGGUUAAGACGGUAGAAGAGGCAGGGGAAAACGACUUAAAAGGACAAAGAAGCCCGCCAGUCACACAGUAAACUCUUUCAUGGAGUUAACGUCAUCUUCACCAGCCUCCUAACCGUGAUCCUUACCAACCAAACUUUUUAUAGAAAUGGGUGGCGCCGGCAACGCUGGGUCGGGCAGUGAGGCCGAUCCCAUCAUCACCCGUCUCGCAAACGAGGAUAAAGUCAGAUGGUAUCGAAAGCCGAAUCUACGAUAUCUCUAUUUUCUACUAUUUCCAACGUGUAUGGGGAUCGAGUUGACCUCUGGCUUUGACUCGCAAAUGAUCAAUGCAUUGCAGAUUGUGCCGUCAUGGAUUACAUACUUUGGCGAUCCCCAGGGAGCUCUUAAGGGAAUUAUUGCCGCCGCAUAUUCACUCGGUGCUAUUCUUUCACUGCCAUUCAUCGGUAUCGUUAACGACAAAUUCGGUCGUCGUUGGUCAAUCAUCGGCGGGUCCGUCAUCAUGGUAAUUGGUGCUCUGAUCCAAGGUUUCUCUGUCAACGCUGGAAUGUACGUAGUGGCUCGGCUGAUACUUGGAUUCGGCAUACCGACAUGUAUUGUUUCUGCUUCAUCACUGAUUGGAGAGUUGGCGUAUCCUAAAGAACGUCCGGUCCUGACUUCGCUUUUUAACGUGGCAUACUUUGUUGGCCAAAUCACUGCCGCCGCCAUCUGCUUCGGAACUAACAGCAUCGAAAGCAAUAUGGCGUGGAAGAUCCCCUCUUGGCUUCAGAUGUGUCCAUCUUUGGUGCAGAUCGCUUUCGUCCUAUUUCUACCCGAAUCGCCAAGAUGGUUAGUUCAGCAAGACCGUUCAGAAGAAGCCUUUGAUGUAUUAGCCACAUAUCACGGGGAGGGUGACCGAGACUCUGAAUUCGUAAAGGCCGAGUUUGCUCAGAUUCAGGCAACAAUUAACAUAGAACUUGAACACUCUAAACGAUCGUGGACUGACCUGGCUGCUACAGCUGGUAUGCGUCGCCGGAUGCUGAUUAGCGGUAUGCUCGGUCUAUUCACACAAUGGUCCGGUAAUACUCUCAUAUCCUACUAUCUUGGUGAUCUCCUCGCUAUGAUUGGCAAGAGUGACUCGGUCUUUAAACAGCAGAUCAACGUAGCUAGCGCAUGCUGGCAACUGGUCUGCGGAACGUGUGUUGCGUUCCUCGUCACCAAGUUCAAGAGACGUCAAAUGUACCUUGCCUGCACCAUCUCGCUGCUGUUCGUUUAUAUUUCGUGGACAAUCAGUAUGGAGAGGGCUAUCGCAGGGAAGGAUUCGGGACAUCCGAAUAAUGCGGCGAAUGCAGCUACGAUUUUCUGGAUAUUCGCAUACUCUCCCUGUUAUAAUAUUGGAUACAAUGCCUUGACUUACACUUACCUGGUUGAGCUCUGGCCAUUUGCCGAGCGUUCCCGUGGUAUCGCAUUCUUCCAGCUCUUCGGCCGCUUGGCUAGCUUCUUCACCACCUUCGUCAACCCUAUCGGCCUUCAGAACGUUAGCUGGCGAUAUCUAAUCUCUUACUGCUGCUUCUUAUCGUUCGAGAUAGCCUUUGUUUACUUCAUAUUCCCUGAAACCUUCGGCAGAACCCUAGAAGAAUUAGCUUUCUUAUUCGAAGAUAAAGCUUUGGCUGAACAAGCUGUCCACGCCGUUGAGAAAGUGGUCGCUCACCACGAAGAGCCUAUUAUCGGUAAGGAGACGUCGGACGAAAACGUUACAACCUCUGAAGCUAGGAAAGAAGAAGUAUAAAUAUUACUUCUUUGAUAUGUCACC